GUCCGAAUCUAUGAAACAUAAAAUAAGUUUUUGUUAGCAUACCUUUGUAUAGGAUUAUAGAGAAAAAAAUGCAAGUCAUGUCAUUAACAUCCUAUUUCAACCAUCCAUUAAUUAAUUAUAAUAUUAACCUACGGUUUUUUUUUUUUUUUUUAGGUAAAUUUCAAAAUAUUACAACCAAAUUGAACAUUGUCUUCAAUCAACAAACUAUAAUACUAUAUAUACAAAACACAUAAUCCAAUAUGUUAUCCUUAACUCGGUUGAGUUAUAUAGCUUGUAACGAAUCCUGUAAACACCAGUACAAUGCCAAAGCGGAAAAUGUCGUGAAAGUUACCAUAGACUUGUGUUGUGAGAAAUUGUUAGAAAUCACUAGAGGAAACUUGAAAAUCAAACCGAGACGUCUCGUAUCCGAUGUAUGUACGGUAGCUGCGGCCAACGGCCAUUUGGAUUGUUUACGGUUCGCCCAUCAGAUCGGGUUACCCUGGAACAGCGGUACGUGUACAGCCGCUGCGAGAAACGGACAACUGCAAUGUUUGAUUUAUGCCCACGAGAACGGUUGCACAUGGACCAAAAAUACGUGCACCGCAGCCGCAAAGAAUGGCCAUCUGUCAUGUCUGAUGUACGCCCAUGAAAAUGGGUGUCCGUGGACGAAAAUGACGUGCAUCUCAGCUGCUAGCAAUGGGCACUUAGCGUGUUUAGAGUACGCUCACCAGAAUUCCUGCCCGUGGGAUAAAUCCACGUGCAAUUGGGCUGCAAAAGGAGGUCACUUCGAUUGUUUGGCCUACGCACAUAACAACGGGUGUCCGUUGGGCAACCGCACUUGUACGAUAGCGGCUUACUACGGUAACUUAAGCUGUUUGGAGUACGCACAUACCAACGGUGGUCGGUGGAACACGAACACGUGUGCGAAUGCUGCCAUGAUGGGUCACUUGAACUGUUUGAGAUACGCUCAUUCGAAUGGUUGCCCUUGGAAUGAAAACACGUGUACAUAUGCCGCCAGUAACGGCGAACUAGAAUGUUUGAGGUACGCCCAUGAAAAUGGGUGUCCCUGGAAUGACUCGACAUGUGCAGAUGCCGCCAGCAAUGGCGAAUUGGAGUGUUUGCGGUACGCCCACGAAAACGGGUGUCCAUGGAACGAAGACACAUGCAUGAACGCUGCUACUAACGGUCAAAUAAAUUGUCUCAAAUACGCCCAUGAAAAUGGGUGUCCUUGGGAUGAAGACACUUGUUCUUCUGCAGCUCAAUUCGACCGAUUAGAGUGUCUGAUGUACGCACACACCAAUGGGUGUCCAUGGAGCGCACAUACGUUUUUCGGAGCAGCCUCAAACGGACACUUGUCCUGUUUGAAGUAUCUUUCUGAUAACAAUUGCCCGAAGAUAGCGUACCAAUAGGAGGUAUAUUUGAAUCAUAAAAAACCGGGUGGUUGAGUAGUAGGUGCCUGGGUAUUCAGGAAUAUAACAAACAUUAUGUUUUUGAA